AUGAGCGAAAUCUUUAAACGAAUUAGUGCUCGAAAACCAAUCUCGAGCGUAAAUGAAGAUGCAAACUCUUCAGAACUAAAGCGCCCUUUGGGAGCAGCGGACUUGGUCAUGCUGGGUGUCGGUGGAAUCAUUGGCGCUGGUAUUUUUGUUCUCACUGGAAAAGCUGCCCGCCAACACGCAGGACCGGGUAUCAUUAUCUCGUUUCUUAUUUCAGGACUUGUCAGUGCGCUGGCAUGCUUGUGCUAUGCUGAACUUGGAUCGACUCUGCCAGUAUCUGGUUCCGCAUACUCGUUUGCCUAUGCCGCACUGGGUGAAGUUCUUGCCUGGAUCGUUGGCUGGGAUUUGAUGAUUGAAUAUCUCGUUGGUGCUGCAGCUGUUGCUGUUGGAUGGAGUGUUUAUCUCGACAUUUUUGUUGCCAGUCUUUUCGGAAAAGAGCAAUGCCCCGACGGUUCCGAGUGCUCGGCAAUUUUCAAUAUUCCUGGAUUUGUCAUUGUGCUUCUUCUCACUGGACUGCUCUGCUACGGUAUGCGAGAAAGCGCAUGGAUCAACAACGUGCUUACUGCCGUCAACAUGCUGGUCUGUGUCGUGUUUGUCCUGACUGGAAUCAAGUUCAUUAAUCCCGCCAACUAUGUUCCAUUUACUAGUCACGGCCAUUAUGGUCUUAGUGGUAUUUUCCAAGGAUCCGUGUCUGUGUUUGCUGCCUAUGUUGGAUUUGAUGCCGUUACAACCACUGCACAGGAAGCUGCCAACCCGCAACGUGAUUUGCCCAUUGGUAUUAUUGGAUCUCUUACCAUCUGCUCCGUUUUCUACAUUGCAGUGUCUGCGGUUCUUACCGGUAUGGUUCAUUAUUCGGAAAUUGACAUGGCUGCACCCGUUGGUCAGGCUCUUAUUGAUGUCGGUCUCCCCGUCCUUGCUGUCAUUAUCUCGUUUGGUGUCAUUUGUGGUCUUACCUCGGUCAUGCUGGUUCUUAUGAUUGGCCAGCCACGUAUCUUUUACUCAAUGUCCAAAGAUGGUCUCCUUCCCGCUCUUUUCAGUAAGAUGAAUCCCAAGACAGGCACUCCUCUACAGGCUACCAUCGUGUCUGGUACUUUCUGCGCGCUCUUGGCUGGUUUCCUCCCAGUCGAUAUGCUUGGCAAUCUCACAUCUGUGGGCACACUUUCUGCCUUUUUCAUUGUUGCUGUCUCUACCUUUGUUUUGCGCAUCACCGAGCCUGAUCUUCCCCGCAAGUUUCAGAUUCCCGGUGGAAAAUACAUUGGUGGUAUGGUUGUCCCGCUUCUUGCUGCACUUAUCUCGGCAGGUCUCUUUUCUCAAGCAUCUCCAGCAUCCAUGCUUCGCGUGUUCAUCUGGAUGGGUAUUGGUCUUGUUGUGUACUUUUGCUAUGGAUAUCACCAUUCUGUUCUUGGACGCCAGAUUUCUGGAAAGCUUCCACGGAAACAGCCAAUCCCAUAUCAUGAUGUUUUAUCCAAAGUGUAG